CGCCCGUAGGGGGACCUGCCCGACCUAAGAGCACGUCUGGCUUAGGCCCUCUGCCUUCGUCUACGAUUCCCCGCGCCCCGGCCGACCUCCCGCCCGGGCAGCGCCCUGCUGUCGCAGCUGCGGGCCCUGGCCGCGGAGCAGGACCGCCGCGCCUCGCCCAGGGCGGGCGGAGGGCACCUGGACGGCGCGCUGCCCGGGUCCUGGCUGGGGGCCGACGAGAGCUGGGAAGGCGGCGGCCACCAGGAGCCGCUGACGUCCUGCUCGGGCAUGGGGGCGCGGGCGCGCCGCAUCGCGGAGUGGUGGAAGGACAGCCCCAGCCCCGAGAUCCCCGAGGACACCGGCGCGCAGGAGGCCGCCCCGGCGCCGCUGCCGGAGCAGCGCCGCUCGGAGCAGCGCCUGCCGCACCCUUCGGGCCCGUCCCUGGCGGUGCCCGCGCUGCUCGCCGAGGGGGAGCUGGACGACUCCUGGGAGGCCGCCAGCGGCCACGCCCCCGCGCGGAUGCCGCCCCUCGCGACCCCGCGCCAGGCCUCCGUGCUGGACGCCGGGCUGGAGGCCUGGGGCAGCGGCGAGCCCCCGGAGCGCGCCACGCGGCACCGCGCGGAGCCCGCGG